GAGAAAGUAGGAGCUUUUGUGAGAUUACCGCGCAGGGAAAAAAGAAAAACUGCAUUAGAGCGAAGGAAGAGAGUAUCUCCGGCCUCGUAACCCAACCGCAAAGGCGUCUCCUUUCUUUGAUUACGCUCGUUCUGCUCUAACAUUUCUGUUCUUCCUGCUUGAUCUGAGAGAGCACGCUUCAUGUUCACUGAAAUUACUGAAAGAGAUUGAUGGCGCCGCCUCUGGAGCACGACUACAUAGGCCUGUCGGAGGUCUCUGAUAAGCUUGCAAGUGGUGAAGUGGAGAAUCUCCGUGAGACGGAGCUCCGGCUAGGUCUUCCGGGCUCCUUGUCGCCGGAGAGGAAGGAGAAGGUGGGGCUUACUCUUGGGUUACAGUUACAGAAGGGCUUUGCGGCUGGAGCAAAGAGGGGUUUUUCUGAUGCUAUUGAUGGGAACGGGAAGUGGGUUUUCUCUGGGAUUGGUGGAUCUGAGGGGGAAAUGGAGAAAGGUGGUGUUUUGUUCUCGCCGAGGGGUGGUGGCGGAGUUGGGGGGCAGACAGCCGGCGCCGGGAAGGAGGUGGCUGGGAAAGCUGUGGGUGGACAGGAUAAGAAGGCGCAGGGAAUGCCUGCUGCAAAGGCACAGGUUGUAGGUUGGCCACCAAUCAGAAGCUACCGCAAGAAUACUAUGUCUACAAAUCCGUCGAAGAACAAAGAAGACGGCGAUGGGAAGAUUGGACUUGGUUGCCUCUAUGUCAAGGUUAGCAUGGAUGGAGCCCCUUACCUGAGGAAGGUUGACCUGAGGACUUAUGGAAGCUACAAGGAGCUCUCAUCAGCUCUGGAGAAAAUGUUCAGUGGAUUUACCAUUGGUCAGUGUGGAGCUCAUGGAACUCCUAGUAGAGAUGGACUAACUGAAAGUUGUUUGAUGGAUCUUCUUAAUGGUUCUGAGUAUGUGCUGACCUAUGAAGACAAGGAUGGAGAUUGGAUGCUUGUUGGUGAUGUUCCAUGGAAGAUGUUCAUUGAUUCCUGCAAAAGGCUUCGGAUUAUGAAGGGCUCAGACGCAAUUGGGCUUGCUCCAAAGGCAAUGGAGAAGAACAAAAAUCGGAACUAGCUUCGCUCCGGCCGAGCUCAAAUGACUGCGAGGGAUUCAAUGAAAACCGAAAAAUCUAGCUUAAGUUGGGAAUUGUCUGAUAACUACAUGUUAUGGUUUGCUGUUUUACAUAGACUGCUUGAACUUCCAGUUACUUUUCUGAGUCAUUCUAGUGUCAUAAAGAUUAAAGUCAGAAUUAUGUCUUCAACGUCUUUGUAUGUCUGCAACUUCUAUUACCAUUUGUGUAAAUGCAGUUGGUUUGCAACUCUGCU